AGGUUGGUAAUUAUUUUAUUUCUACUUGAAAAAAAAAUAAAUUUUACUUGAGGUUUAAAUUAUAAAUUGGAUUUUGUAACCACGUUAUUGUGUAAUAGUAUAUCUACUUCUUUAACCAAUAUCAUUAAGAUUACGUUCGAAAUUAACCCUCUAGAUUUUAGACUCUUACCAACCAACCACUUAAAAUUAUUAAAGUAAAAAUUUAUUACUGUAGCAUUUUUUCGUUAUCAUAAACAUACUAUGUUUGUCCCUAAUUAUUUAAAAAAAAAACUGAAAAUAUUAUGUACAAUCUUGAUGUCAUAAAUAUUUUUAUAUUAAAACAUAAUUUUGAGAUUUAAUGACAUUCGGUUUCUAGGUAUAUUUUGUUUAAUUAAAAAAAAAAUCAAACAACCUCCAUCGUGAUUUUAGGUUAGGUUACUUUAAAUAUGGCCUUCAUCCGUGCAAAGACGAUCGUGAUUUUAACAACCCAUGUGACAUUGACAAAAUAAUAAGUGUCAGAUUGACCAAACCCAAGAUUCAAAUAUUUGAAUUGAAUUUAAAUCAAAUAAAAUAUUCUAUUAGAGUAUUGAAAAGUAAUUAUGAUACUAAAUUGUAUCACUAAGUUAGGAUAUCGAAAUAGUUCCAUAACACCAACCUUUAUAUUUAAACAUACGGAAACAUGUCCUGUAAACUACAUGAAAAAGAAAACUACGGAUAGAAGCUUAGAUUCCGAAAAAGACACAAUAAAGAGGGCGUUAAAAUCUGGCCCUGUAAGAUUAGCAAUUUUUCCGGAGGAGUGGUUUUUGUUUUUCCAUAAUAAGACUGGUGUCACGGGACCUUAUAUUUUUGGUAUUUGCUUAACUAAUUAUUUAGUAAGCAAAGAGAUUUUUAUUAUGGAACACGAGUACUAUAUUGGUCUUUCUAUUUUUGUUGUGCUUUAUUUCGCUACAACAAAUUUUGGCAACAUUUUCGCAGAAUAUUUGGACAAACAAGUUGAUGCUUAUGUUAAUGAUAUUGAAAAUGAAAGAAAGGCGGAGAAAAAUGUUUUUGAUCAGCAAAUAAAACAAGCUGAAGAUGCUAUAUGGAGAGCACAGGGCCAGAAAGUGUUAAUGGACGCCAAAAAGGAAAAUAUACUAAUGCAACUUGAAGCUGUUUACAGAGAAAGAUUAAUGCAUGCUUACAGAUCUAUCAAGGGUCGUAUGGAUUACCAGGUAAAACUUCACCAAUCCAAUGCCAGGAUUCAACAAAAAUGGAUGAUAGAAUGGAUUAUUGAUCAAGUGAAGAAAUCAAUAACUCCUGAUUUCGAAAAACGAGUCUUUGACAAUGCUAUUCUACAAAUUGCUGAUGCUGCUGGUCGAGUAAAAUAGUAGUAUCUAUAAAACAUUACUGUUAUAAUUCUUCCAUUAACAAAUGAUACAUUAACAUUUCAUUAAUAAAAUGUAUAUUUUAUGCUUU